AGAUGAGGUUGGUGGUGAUCCCGGACGAUGCACGUGACUACGCGAUGGUGCACGACGUCAUCACACACAGCCCGGGACACUCACAGUGGCUCUCCGCGCUGCUCGGAGCGAACGCCACCGCGCGGAGCUUCAAGCUGCUGCACCCGGACUUCGUGCGCUACUUGCGCAACAGGCUGCUCCCGUCGCGAGCCCUGAGCACGAAUGCGCGCUGGGUGUAUCGGCCAUCCACCGCCGCUGUGCAGCUGCUGCUGGCCCUGCACACCUGCGACGAGGUGUCGGCCUACGGGUACGCGACGCGUGGCUACGCGCGCCACCCAGCCCGCUUGCUGCACGAGACGGCGCUCAGUCGCCUCGUGCUCUACGUGCGGCACGACGCGCGCAUCGAGGCACGGCUCUGGCAGCGUCUCCAGCGCGAGGGCCUCCUGCGCAUCCACACGGGCGGCCCACGUGGGGCCCACGCGGGGAUCACAAGGGGAUCACAAGGGGUUCAUAAGGGGCCUACAAGGGGAUCACAAGGGGUUCACAAGGGGCCCACAAGGGGAACCACAUGGGGUCCACACGGGGUCCACGUAGGGACCACAUGAGCAUCAAGCUGGGACCACAUGGGGACCACGUGGGGAUCACGUGCGGACCAAGCGGUGAUCACACGGGGACUACGUAGCGACUACAUGGGGACCACAUGGAGACCACGCGGGUACCACAUGGGCCCCACUGAGGGCGCGCGCGCGCUUCGCAGCGCGAGACAACGUCGCCUUCACCGCGCCGUGACCCAGAGCUCGCCCCGCUCCCCCGUGGUCUUCAUUCACAACCUCGCAGUUUGCCCGCGUCUCAGACCUGCCACAGAGUCUCACGGGGCUCUCCACCCACAACACAACGGGGGAUGUCGUCUGAUAACCCUGACCCUGCCAUCGACGGAGGCUUCACGCGCACCUCACAAGUAACCCACGGGGUGGUCACCUUAGACCUCACACUAGCACCGCACCAGGGUCCCUACCCUCGCCCGCACCAGGGCCCUAACCUCACAGAAUUGUAUUUCUCGCUCGUGACCCCAACGGGGCUGUUGGAGGCCACGAGACGGAGGGCCCGCGUCGUUCGAAAACGGCGCGCGGAAGCGGAUAUCGCAGAGCUGCCUCUGACAUCCCUUCCUCAAAUGACCUCUGUUCACUAAAGUAGAUGGCGGCCCUUGUAUCGGGAUCACCACCACCGUCAUCAUCAUCAACAUCAUCACGCCAUCGUCAUCAUCAACCACCAUCGCAGUGAACAUCACCAUUGCCAGCGUCACCAUCGCCACCGCUUUCACAUCUCCACGUGCUCUGUAACACGAUCGAUUCACACCGUAGGUUAAGCUACAGUAAGUAGGGGGAAUUCAAUCUCAAUCACAAGUAAUAAAACAAUAUUCUUCUUUC